AGUCGCUGUGUAACGCUUGUGGGAUCAGAUAUAGGAAGAGGAGGGUAUCAAUGGUGGGUUUUAGCCACGUGUCAUGUAGGAAAAGGGACAGAUCACAUGGUAAUGCUUCUACUGCUGCAACCACAUCAUCUACUCCUAAACCUGAUGGUGACGGUGAUGGCGACAGAGAUCUCAGCGAGUGUUUGAAAACGAAAUUAAUGGCAUUGGGGAAGGAUUUGUUGUUGCAGAGGUCGCCGUCAGUGAUGGUGACGAAGAAGCAGAGGUGCCAGAGGAGGAGGAAGCUGAAGGAGGAGGAACAAGCAGCUGUUUGUCUGAUGGCAUUGUCCUGCGACUCUGUUUUUGCCUAAAAGGAAGAAAAAGAACAAAACCAGAUAAAGAUAAACAAGACCCUAACCAUUAACCAACCAACAAAUAUUAAUACCUUUUGUUGUCUUUUGGCUUACCCCUUUUUUUUUUCUUUUUUUUUUUUUUAAAUAUUUUUAAUUUAAAGAAAUGAAGCAAAAUACCCUUGUUCAUGUUAUGUGGGUAUUUCCAUUUCAAAUACAGAAAAGGGAAAAUGAGGGUGCUGGUUGAAGAAAUGAUGUCCUCCCUGCCUUUUGGUAAUAUAUAUUUGGAUUAUAUUGUAAAUAAACUCUGAAGUAAUGGUAAUAUAUGAUCUUUCUUUCUUUCUGGAA